AUGGCAUUAGCUCAAAAAUUAUUCAUCCUCAAUAGGACUGCUUUGCGUCGUUCUUUAAUUUACUUCUCCACAUCACAUUCCCUUUUACAAAACUCUACUCAUGAAGCUCCCAAGAAGGUAGUUUCUAGAGCUGCUGUUUCUAAUGAUCCAGCCCUUUCUGUCACAUCUAAAGUAAAGCAAGGGGCUAGUGAUUUUUGGUAUUCAACUAUUGUUGUUGGAGGCAUUGCUUUGACUGGAUUCAUUUUCUACAUCAUCGGAAAUGAGUUGUUUUCAAGCAAAAGCCCAACGCGUGUUUAUGAGGAUGCUUUAAAAAUUUGUAUAUCUGACCAUCGUGUUCAGGAUUUGCUUGGAACUUCAAUAACCGGAUAUGGAGAGGUCAAUCGUAGGGGAAGAGGAACUCAAAUUGCCUCUAGUGAAUGGAUAGAUACACAUGGAAAGAAGCAUUUAACCAUGCGCUUCCACCUAAAAGGUGCUUAUGCCACUGGCACUGUUCAUCUUGAACUUUACGAGAAUGACUGUAAGGAGAUGGUUUAUCGGUAUCUUGUAGUUGAAGUCGAUGGAUUGACACGUCGUCAAGUGAUACUUCGACCUGAGGAAAAUACUUCGAGUUCUUCAUUUUCAGUUCAACCUCCUGCACCUCCUCCUGUCAAAUUAGAGCCAUUUAACGAAAAAUCUGAGUAG